UGGCCCCUUUGCCGCGGCUUGCAAAGUAUCUCGCAUAUGCUGAACUUGGCCCCGAAAUCUAAAUACAAGGGAGGGACAGUCCCCAGAUGGCCUAAAUCAGCAGCACGGUUGCCUGGCCCAGCUGGGGAACUCGCCGGGAGUGUUUGUUUUAUGUAAAACCAAAGGCUGGAGGAAUGCCGGCCUGGAAAGGAGACCUGACGGGGGGGAAAACGUCUGUGCCACGCUCGCGCUGGGCUGGGCGUGCGGGGGAUGCUGGCGAGGGGAGCGGGGCUCCAGCGAGCUGCGUCGGGAGAGGGCGAGCGGUGAAGAAGCUCAGCUCCUGGUUUGAGGGUGCGGAGAAGGUGUCACGGCUGCUCCUUCUCUUCCCUGGGCUGCUGGGGGUAAAGUGGGGGCUCCCCUGGCCAGACCCCCACCGUGUCCGUCGCAUCCCCGGGCUCUGCUGCAUCAUUCACCCUGCCGAGAAGGGCUCGCACUGCUGCCUCCAUGGGGUGGUGGGACCCUGCACCGGGAUGGAUGGGGAGCCCCGACGCGUGCCGCCGGUGCCGUGCCGCGGGGUGUCCCUGCCAUGGCUGGUCCUGCACAGAAGCCGUGCCGGGGAGGGCUGGGCACCGGGACUUUGCACCCAUGUGGGGUCAGAGUCCGUCCUGCCUGCACGGGACCGGCCACAGCCUGCCUGAAGCCCCGCUGCACGGUGGGGGACGGAGGGGCGUCACAGGGCAGGAGUGACCAAUCCGUGACGCCGGUGGGAGCCCAGCAGCGGAGCACCAGGCGCAAGCCCCGAGGGGAUCCGUGGGACGUGCGGCUCCACCCGGGCCGCCCCGGCGCAGCGCGGCGAUGCCCAUCCUCAAGCAACUCGUUUCCAACUCUGCCCACUCCAAGCGGCGCUCACGGGCCGACCUGACGGCCGAGAUGAUCAGCGCGCCCUUGGGGGACUUCCGCCACACCAUGCACGUGGGGCGGGCAGGGGACGCCUUCGGGGACACCUCCUUCCUCACCAGCAAGGCCGGGGAGCCGGGGCCGGAGGCGGGUGAGGAGCCGGGAGCCUCCAAACCCAGCCUGCUCUCCCGCCGCUUCCGCAGCAGCAAGCGCUCGCAGUCGGUGACGCGCGGGGAUCGGCGGGACAUGCUGGGUUCGCUGCGGGACUCGGCCCUCUUCGUGAAGAACGCCGUCUCCCUGCCCCAGCUCAACGAGAAGGAGGUGGACAGGAGCGCGGGGCAGCUGCCCAAGAGCCUCUCCUCCAGUCCCGUCAAGAAGCUGCCCGAGGAGGUGAGCCCCGAAGAGCAGCAGCGCCCGAACGGGGCGGCCGCCGGGCCGCUGAGCCCCAGCUUGGACGAGCGCGACUUCGGGGACAUCACGGAGCUGCCCGUCGUGGUGGCCAAGAGCGGGGCGGGCAUGAAGCACGCAGAGUCCAUCAUGUCCUUCCACAUCGACCUGGGGCCCUCCAUGCUCGGGGACGUCCUGAGCAUCAUGGAUAAGGAGCAGUGGGAGCAGGACGAAGACGCCGAGGCAGAGGAGAGCCGCGAGGAGGAGGUGGAUGCCGCCCUGCCUGGCUCCCCGGUGAUGGCAGCGGCAGCAGCCCCGCCGAGCCAGAGUCCGUCCCGCAGCACCGGCGGCCGCUGCCCCAGGGACAGCAGUUCGGUGUCCAGCUGCGCCUCGGGGCCAGAGGAGCGCAGCCCCGUUCCCGGGCCACUGAGCCAACGGAGCCCGCCGAAACGCCCCGACAAGGAGUUCUCCUUCGCCGAUGACGAUGACGACGAGAUCAGAGUAUAAAAGGCUGGGGGCGGCCGAGCCAAGGGGUCUGGUUCUCAUCUGCGGUUGCUUGGACAUGGGGCCGAAUACCCCGGUGCUGCAGCGGGUGGCACCGGGGAAGACUCAACUCCUCCCUCGUUCCCUCUCCCCGUCUGGCGGCGGACGUGCCGCGGCAGGACAGUGCUCUGCUCCCGGGGCCGGGGACAGCCCCGACACCUCUCGGCUCCCGGGGAGCUCCAGCACAUCCCGGGAAGGGAAAACAGACUCAAUUUUUGGUUCUUUUUGUUGGACUUUGGAUAUUAGCUCUUUUCUUCCCCCCCUCCCCUACCCAUAUAAAGCAAUAUAGGAUCAAACGAGGCUUCGAAGUUUUAGCCCCUUUAGUAAUAUAUAUUUUUUUUUUUUCUGCCGUACGGUUUUUACUGCUCUCUGAUUUGUACUUAACUUUCUUUACUCUGGCUUUUGGUUUUAACGGAGGGGAGAUUUCCCACGAGGAAGGACUUGGCUCCGGAGCUCAGAGGGGGCCGAGGGCGGCUCCAGCUCCCCGGGUUUCUCGGGGACCUUCUACAGACCACGAGCCUCCAGCCCCGUGCUGCGGCGGGGGCUCACUCCCUGUCCCUCGGAUGGAUGGAUCCAUCCCAGAUGCUUUGACCCUCCAAACACCCUGGGGGUCACGGGGAUGUCCCCUGGCACCGGCUGCUCCCAGGGAUGCCAAUGCGCGCGUGGGUCCGUCCCCAGGAGGAGGAACGCCUGGGACCCCCCGUGAGCCCUGGUGUCCUGUGUGCCGGGUGGCCACCAUCAUGGGCCAGCCUGGCUGGGCAGCGCCGACACUGGCCUGGUGCAGGCAGGUGGAAGAGGAGGGUUUUAUACCAUGUAUGUACAAAUGCAAAGAAUAAAAGGAAACGGUAGUGACA